AUGAACAAGCUUUACAUCGGGAACCUGCCCGAGGGCGUCACCGCGGCCGAGCUGGAGAAAGUGUUCGCCGAGCACCGCAUCUCCUUCAGCGGCCACUUCCUCGUCAAGUCCGGCUAUGCCUUUGUGGAUUGCCCCGACGAGCACUGGGCCAUGAAAGCCAUCGAAACUUUCUCGGGGAAAGUGGAGCUCCACGGGAAGCAGCUGGAGAUCGAACACUCCGUGCCCAAAAAGCAAAGGAGCCGGAAAAUCCAGAUCCGGAACAUCCCGCCCCAGCUGCGAUGGGAGCCCUUUUCCCGAAUUCCCGUCCCCUUUUUCGGAAAUCCUGACCUUUUUCUUGAAUUCCCUGCCCCUUUCCUCGAAUUCCUGUCCCCUUUUCUUCAAUCCCCGGCCCCUUUUCCCGAAUUCCCGGCCCCUUUUCCCGAAUCCCCCGCAGUGAACACGGACAGCGAGACCGCCGUGGUGAACGUCACCUACGCCAACCGCGAGCAGACCCGGCACACCAUCACGGUGCGGGGCUGUCCCGAGAGCUGCUGCCGCGCCGAGCAGGAGAUCAUGAGGAGAGUGCGGGAGGCGUACGAGAACGACGUGGCCGCCAUGAGCUUGCAGUCCCACCUGAUCCCGGGGUUGAACCUGGCCGCUGUCGGGCUCUUCCCGGCCUCGUCCACGGCGCUGCCGCCGCCCCCCGGCGGCUCCGGGGCUGCUCCCUACAGCUCCUUCCUGGAGGAGGUGAAGCUGGAGACGCACAUCCGAGUGCCGGCCUCGGCCGCCGGCCGCGUCAUCGGCAAGGGCGGCAAGACCGUGAACGAGCUGCAGAACCUGACGGCCGCCGAGGUCGUGGUGCCGCGGGAACAAACCCCGGACGAGAACGAGCAGGUGAUCGUCAAAAUCAUCGGGCACUUCUACGCCAGCCAGGUGUUCUGA